CGAGGGUUGACGCUUACAGCGAGCACAGGUGACGCUAAAUAGGACUACGACGUCGUUUAGAGGCAGCCAAACCGCCAAUAGAUCGCCCGGCAACCACUUGCACUGCUAUUAAAACCCUAAUGGCGGCAAUCCUCCCAACCACGGUUUUCUUUCGUAAUUGAGGCGAGAGCCGAGUAAGUACAAAGCGUAAUCUCGGAUGGGAGUCCAUGGUUUAUGGGAGCUUCUGGCCCCCGUCGGCCGCCGCGUCUCCGUCGAAACCCUCGCCGGGAAAAAGCUCGCCAUCGAUGCAAGUAUAUGGAUGAUACAAUUUAUGAAGGCGAUGCGAGAUGAGAAGGGAGAGAUGGUCCGGAACGCGCACAUUUUGGGAUUCUUCCGUAGAAUUUGCAAGCUCCUCUAUCUCAGGACAAAGCCUGUUUUCGUGUUUGAUGGAGGCACACCGGCUCUUAAACGGCGGACAGUCAUUGCUCGCCGCCGGCAGCGCGAGAAUGCCCAGGCUAAGAUUCGAAAGACCGCUGAGAAGUUAUUGCUAAACCAUCUUAGGACAAUGAGGGCAAAAGAAUUGGCAGCCAACCUUGAGAAGCAGAGGCAGGAGAAUGAUGCUAAAGGGAAAAGGCCCAUCAUAGAUGAAUCAACUAAUGCGCACAACACAGAGGAAGGAAAUGAUGCUGGUGUGAAUUACAGUCAGGAACAGCUAGAUGAGAUGUUGGCAGCCUCACUUGCUGCAGAGGAGAGUGAAGCUUCUGCUUUUGAUGCGUCAGCAUCUGGUGGUGCUGUUCCUGAUGGACAGGAGGAUGAUGAAGAAGAUGAAGAAAUUAUACUACCAGAAAUGCAAGGAAAAAUUGAUCCUGCUGUCCUGGCUGCUCUACCCCCAUCGUUGCAACUUGACCUCCUUGUUCAGAUGAGAGAGAGACUGAUGGCCGAGAACAGGCAAAAGUAUCAGAAGGUGAAAAAGGCCCCAGAAAGGUUUUCAGAGCUACAAAUACAGGCUUAUCUCAAAACAGUGGCCUUCCGCCGUGAAAUUGAUGUGGUUCAAAAAACUGCUGCAGGCAGGGGAAUAGGUGGCAUGCAAACUUCUCGAAUUGCCUCUGAAGCCAAUAGGGAGUUCAUUUUUUCCUCAUCAUUUAAUGGAAACAAGCAAACCCUUACAGCCAUUGAACAAGGGAAAGUUGGAGCUGAUGAAAAUCGGCCACCAGCAGUGAAUAUGUCUACUGAAGCUAGUACCCAAGUGAUUCAAUCCAAAAAUUCUGGCAAUAAUGCUGGAUCAGCUGAUGUUGGAACUGGAAAGGCAUUUCCUGAUGAUGUGGAGACAUAUCUAGAUGAUAGAGGUCAACUUCGGGUCAGCAGGGUAAGAGCAUUGGGAAUUCGCAUGACACGGGAUUUGCAGAGAAAUUUAGAUUUGAUGAAAGAGUAUGAUCAAGAGAAGGAAGUAGAUCUGGAGAAAAGGAGUGAAAGUAACACUGUUGCAACUGUAGAUAAUGGUGAAGAUGACUCAUGUGACACAACUCAACUUCGAGAAAUUACUGAUAACAAUAACAAUGCUGAUGUAAAUGAUAAUAGAGUUGUCAAGACCAAGGAGCCUACAAUCCUGAAUGGAAAUUCCAUUGAGAUUUCUUUUGACGAUAUGAUGGAGUGUGAACAAACAAAUGAUGAUGACGAUGAGUUAUUUGCUUGUCUAGUUUCUGGAGACCCUGUAAUUGAUUUCACUGCUGAUAAAUCUGCCCCAGGGAAGCAAUCUUCACAUAGUGAUUCAGAUGUUGAGUGGGAAGAAGGAGAUGUUACAGAAAAUAUAUUAGAGGGGCACAUGAAUGAUGAGGAAGAAUUUCAGUGCAAGGAAGGAUUUCUAGAUAAUAUAGAAGUUCCAUCUUGUUUGAAUGGAAGCAGACAAACUGUAUCAGAGGUUUCUCUGCAAGAAGUUUCAGUGAAACAAUCUUUAAAUCGAGAUUCAGAUCUUGAGUGGGAAGGAGAGGGUAUGAAUAAAGGGACAUCAAGUAUACUUGAAAGGGGCAUGAAUGAUACGGCUGAUGUUGACCAUGGUGCAGGAUUUCAAGAUAUUCAGGCGUCUUUGGCAUUGCCAGACAAAAGCAAUAAAACAGUAACGAAGGGUGCUCGGGAGGAGGAAGCUGAUUUGCAGGAGGCAAUUAGGAGGAGUCUUGAGGAUGUGAAAGGGUGCAGCUCUGUGACUGAUGUUUGUGAUAAUUUCUUAUCUGACAGAGGUCAAGACAUGGUUAGUGAGCAUACUGAUUGGGGUUCGGGUUAUGAAGGAAAAGAAGGGCCUGUGGUUAAUGCCCCAGCAGCUGGUCUAGGCCAACCAUUUGGUUUAACGAACAUCCUAAAACCCAACUUUUCAAAAGCAGACUCUGCUCCAAUUGUGGGCUUAAGCCCUGACAAAAGAAAUUUAGAUAUGAAGAAUUUGAAUCAAGAUGCUGGUGGAAGUGGAGCUUUGGCUGAAGAAAUACUUACAACAUCAGAUUCUCGGCCUGAAGUGACGUUACUUUCUAUAACAGGAAAGAAAGCAAAAGACCUUGGUAGUGAAGAUGACAGCGGGAAAGCAUUGGCUAAGCAAGUGGAUAUUUCUAGAGGUGAGAAGGCACAUGAUCAUGCAACUGAAAUGGCCAAGGAAGAAAUGCAUGGCUAUGUUUCAACGGAUAAGGAUGAACCAGUUGGGAGCUAUUCACUCGUUGAUGAUAUUCAGGAGCAUGAAAUUAUGAAGGACCGUCUGGAGGAAGAAAUGUUGUUUCUUGGUAAAGAGCGGGAAGAUCUGGGAAUUGAGCAACGGAAACUUGAGAGAAAUGCAGAAUCAGUUAGUGGUGAAAUGUUUGCGGAGUGCCAGGAGCUGCUUCAAAUGUUUGGCUUGCCAUAUAUUAUUGCACCUAUGGAAGCUGAAGCUCAAUGUGCUUUCAUGGAGAUGUCAAACCUUGUUGAUGGUGUGGUCACUGAUGACUCUGAUGCAUUCUUGUUUGGGGCGCAAAGUGUGUACAAAAAUAUUUUUGAUGAUCGCAAAUAUGUGGAAACAUAUCUAAUGAAGGAUAUUGAAAAUGAGCUUGGGUUAGAUCGAGAGAAAUUAAUCCGCAUGGCACUGCUUCUUGGGAGUGAUUACACGGAAGGAGUUAGUGGCAUUGGCAUUGUUAAUGCAAUUGAGGUUGUAAAUGCAUUUCCUGAGAAGGAUGGUCUUCGUGAUUUUCGGGAGUGGAUAGAAUCACCAGAUCCUGCUAUUCUUGGAACAUUAGAUGCAGAACCAGGACGCAACUCGAGGAGGAAAGGAUCAAAAAGCAGUGAGAAUAACAUAAAUAACUCAAGUAGUGAGAUAGAAGGGAGUUCGUUGAAUCAGAAUGUUCCUGAGAGAGCCGACAAUUUAAGACUAAAGCAAAAUUUCAUGGAUAAUCAUAGAAACGUGAGCAAAAAUUGGCAUAUUCCCUCAACGUUUCCAAGUGAUGCUGUGAUUUCUGCAUAUGCUUCACCUCAAGUGGACAAGUCUACAGAACCAUUUGCAUGGGGAAAGCCAGAUCUGCAUGUCCUUCGCAAAUUGUGCUGGGAGAAGUUGGGGUGGGGUGCGGCGAAAGCUGAUGAAUUGUUGUUGCCUGUUCUGAAAGAGUACAACAAACAUGAGACACAAUUGAGAAUGGAAGCAUUCUACUCGUUUAACGAAAGAUUUGCAAAGAUUCGAAGCAAGAGAAUAGAAAAGGCUGUCAAAGGAAUGACGGGGGUGAAAUCUUCUGAGCUUAUGGAGGGGACGGGACAGCCAAAAUCUAGAGGCGGAAAGAAAAGAAAAGUGAAGCACAGCGAAGAGGAAGAAGCAGUUCGACCAGGAGUAGGUCCAUCAGCUCUUGGUACUUCCGGAACCAGUGAGCAAAAGAAUGCUGUGAAGAAACCAACUGCUAAGAAAUCAAGAGGAGGAAGGGCUUUGCCGAGAAACUUAGAUGGCCAUCUUGACAAAGCUGUGAAUGAAUCAGGCGUAGAAGGAAGACGACUGGGAGGUCAUGGCAGAGGAAAGAGAAGUGGGACAUGGCGCAAGAAAAGGAAUUCUCCUGCUUCCGGCUCCGAGAGCAGCUACAAUGAGGGAAGCAACAGUGAAAGAGAUGAAGAAUUACAACUUGACAGAACAGAAGAAGCUAAUGAAGUUAGAAGGUCAGGGAGGCUUCGGAACAGUGUAAAUUACACCGUUGUUUCUGAUGAAUCUGACAGUAAUGACAGCAAGGAGACUGAAACUUGCCGGAAGGAAGGUCCAACAACAGCUGAUGAACCAUAUGUGGAACAAGCAAUGGCUGAAACUACUGAAAGUGACAUCAUUGAAAAGGAUGAUGGGAAUAAACUUUACCCGGACAAUCAUGAGAUUGAAUGCCAAAUUGAGGAUCCUCUUGAUCAGAAGCAAUCAUCCAAGGAUUAUCUUCAGUUCGGGGGUGGAUUUUGCACAGAAGAUGACGAUGAACAAAUGGAGACUGAGAUUGCGGUCGUAGAAGAAUCUGAUCAUGUUCCUGAAAGUGCUGCUGGUGAUCAUGAGGCAAAACAAACUCGUGAGAUUGAUCCAUCAGCUGCUGCCUCAAGUCCUUCCAGAGGGAAGAAUAAUUUGUCUGAUUCAAAUUUGAACCCUUCAAUGCUUGGUGAUGGUGAUGCUGAUGGAGAUGAUCCUGAGAGAGAUUCUGGAAACUGCAACCAAAAUUUGCUUCGAGCAAUGCCUAAUCUGAGGAGGAAGAGGAAAACUUGAGAUUCAGUGACUGAAAUUGUCAUCAUCAUGUGUAUACGCACUUUUUGCCUUUCUGGAUAUUUCCUAACUUAAAAUACACGUGGUAUUUAUAUACUCCUAGCUUGUGGGAACCUUGGUCCCGGAGUGCCCACGCACAUGCAUAUGUUUCCAUCAAAAUUCGGGCACUCCCGGACCGAAACACGUGUAUAUCUAUAAGGGUGUACAUUCGUGGCUGGUUAACUCACGGGGAUAACAAAAAAAACGGUUGACUCGCAACUUGAUCCGAACUCCAGAUUUGACUUAAAUUCUAGAUCAAAAUAUGAUAUGAAUUUUUUCAAUU